AGGUGGUACUGCUUGCUACUUCGUUAUUUUGACUAGAUACCGUUGAUAUGCUCUUGUCAUUUUCAUUACUUUAUUCCAAAUUGUAGCAUAUUAUGUUCAAUGCAAUAAUAUUUGCUUUAUGAGAUUAGUAGACUUUAGGAGCUUGUUUUGAUGCGAUGGAUUCUUUCUCUGCACAAGCACCAACUUAUCGUGAUUUCAAUGCUGAAAGCUCACAUGAAGACAAUAUAAAUUUUUUUGGUUUAUCAUGUGAGGAUGAUGUAAGAAUAAAAGAGGAGCCUUUAAGUCCAGAUUAUUUUCAAACUCCUUCAGAUUGUGAGAGCUAUGGAGGACUACGCAGAUCAAUUUCUGUCGGUAAUUUGUAUACUGAAAAUACUGGGCCUUUUAUCGAUAAUAUAAGCGAACCUGUUAACUGCCAUUUAUCAAGCAGUAUUGAAUCUCUUAAACUAGAUCAUAAUUAUUGCAGUGAAUCAAAGGAAAAUCUUCGUAAUGGCCAAAAAAGGCAGAAGACUAUUAAGUUUGAAUCAAUGGCAGAGCAAAUAAAUCGAUUUCAUUUAAAAACUCCCAACAGGUAUCACACUGUAAGUUCUAAAGCAGAAGCUGUAAAAGUUUUAGUAGAAUUAAAUUCUAAUGAAUAUGUAAAACCGAAAACUCCAAAAUUACUGACAAAAUCUCGUAUAAGGGCAACUAGUGCUUUAACAUAUGAACAACGAAAAGAAUUGGAAUACAAGGAAGCUCUAAAAAACAAGCCGAAACCUCGACAAUUUAAUCGUGACAUAUUACAUAAAGCUCCGUCAUUACCAAAUGUUGAAAGAUUGCCUGUAACUAAAUUUGAACCUUUUAACAUCACUAAACCAAAGAAAAAGCCUGUUGUAGAAGAGAAAGUAUCUGCUUUCAAAGCUAAGCCUUUACCAGUGAAUAUACUUCAAGGUCCUGUUGGAAUUAAAGAAAGACCACCUCCUAAAGUAACAAAUGCUAAGACACCAAAUAUAAAAAUGCCACGAAGAAAGUCCCCAAUUUUUAAGAAUGUGAUUGAGAGCACAGAUAAUGCUAAACCACUCAAACCCACAAAAAUUAUGCCUUUUAGCUUCGAAGAAAGGAACAAGAAAAUGCUAGAGCGCAAAGAAAAAUUUAUUAAAGAAUAUAUUGAACGUGAGCAAGCAAAGAUAAGUUAUCAAGCUCGUCCAAUGCCUAAAUUUGAAACACCUAAGAAAUCUUGUAAAAUGACAUCUAAGCCGCUAGUUGCUAAAACACCAAAUUUUGCUUCAAAGAAGUUGCGUGAAGAGGCUGAGCGUAGAUUUAAAGAAAAGUUAGAACAAGAGGAACAAGAAGCUAAAGCUAAAGCAUUAUUUAAAGCUCAACCACCAAAAGUUUUAUACACAAAGCCAUUUGAGCCAAAACACAAUCACCAAGAUUUAAAAGUGCAUGAAUUUAAAUUGAGUAGCGAGGCUAGAGCAAGAGCUCGUAGAGAGUUUGAUGAACAGCUUAAAUUAAAAGAACAAGAAAAAUUGCUUUUAGAAGAGAAAAUUAAAGAGGAACAACAAAAACGAGAGCAAGAGGAAAUAUUGAAAAUCCGCAAAAAUUUGGUUAGAAAAGCUCAACCCAUUAAAAAUUUCAGACCUUUUGAAAUAAAGCGUUCUGAAAGACCACCAACCCAGGCAGUAACACCAUGUUUAGGAAAGAAAAGACAAACAAAUGCUGAAGAUAGUGAUUAGAGUAAUCAUUUAUCAAUUUUUAUUUAGUGAUGUUAUAGUUUUAUUCAAGGCAUCAAAUAUAUCACUUU